AUGGUUUCACACAACACUACUCUAUUUCACCCUUAUGCAUUCCUCCUCCUGGGAAUCCCUGGAUUGGAACACAUGCACUGUUGGAUUGGUUUUCCUUUCUUUGCUGUGUUCCUAACAGCUGUACUUGGGAAUAUAACCAUCCUUUAUGUGAUUCAGACAGAACAGGGUCUUCACCAGCCCAUGUUCUACUUCCUGGCCAUGCUGUCAUCUAUUGACCUGGGACUGUCCACAUCCACUAUCCCCAAGAUGCUUGGAAUCUUUUGGCUAAACCUGAGAGAAAUAUUAUUUGAGGGAUGUCUCAUCCAGAUGUUCUUCAUCCACCUGUGCACUGGUAUGGAGUCAGCUGUGCUUGUAGCCAUGGCCUAUGAUCGCUAUGUUGCCAUCUGUAACCCUCUUCGCUAUACAUUGGUGCUGACGAACAAGAUAGUAUUCAUCAUUGCUUGGGUCAUCCUCCUGAGACCAUUGGUUCUUGCCAUGCCAUUUGUCUUUCUCAUCUUGCGGUUACCAUUUUGUGGGCACCAAAUCAUCCCCCACACAUACUGUGAACACAUGGGAAUUGCCCGGCUGUCCUGUGCCAGCAUCAAGGUCAAUAUGAUCUAUGGCUUGUUUACCAUCGCUAGCCUUAUGUGUGACAUUGUAGUUGUUGUCAUUUCCUAUGUCCAGAUCCUUCGUGCUGUGUUUCGAUUAUCUUCUCAAGAAGCUCGUCUCAAGGCACUCAGCACCUGUGGAUCUCAUGUGUAUGUCAUGUUGACCUUCUAUACUCCUGCCUUCUUUUCAUUUAUGACUCAUAGGUUUGGCCAUAAUAUACCACGCUACAUCCACAUACUUUUGGCCAAUUUCUAUGUAGUCAUUCCACCUGCUCUCAACCCUGUAAUCUAUGGUGUAAGAACAAAACAGAUUAGGGAACAGGUACUGAAAAUAUUUUCCAAGAAAUGA